AAAACCAUCUCCAACAAAUCAAGAAACAUGUGCGGAGUGGAAAAAAUCCCCUAGCACAGGUGACCAGGCGAUUGUCAGAGAUUGAAUAUGCAAACGCAAAAACACAGCCUGAAGCACGACCUCCAAUGUUUCUUUCUACAAAGGAAAAGGAUAAUUGUUUUCUCUUGCGGGAUGAAAAAUUUGCUUUCAUCAGAGAAAGAAGAGGAGAUGGCAUUGUGGUAUGUGAUGUCCUGCACCAGCGUUACACAUCCCCAUUGUUUGAGAAGCCAUGCAACUCCAAACUUCUCAAUAUAGUGUACACAAAAAAUGGGCAGGACAGGAUGAAAAGACGACAACUGCUUGAAACUGAUCUGUUCCGCAAGGUGGCCUACCUCCCUCAUGAAGAUGGUGGUUCUGUCCUCAUACCUCUCCUCCAUGGUAUAGAACACAGAAUUUGAAGAUCAUGUAUGCCAGAGCUGUGUGGGUGGAGCAUGGUAAAGAAGUGGAGGGAACUGCGCCAGACAACUGGAUUGAUGCUGAAAAAAAAAUCAUUAGAUGGCCAAAAAAGGGGGAAAAGGCAGCUUACCUCAAUCGGCACUCCCCUCAGGAUGACUGGAUGACGUUCACCUUGGUGAAGCGUAAAAUGACCUCCGUUAACAUUCGGGAAUGCGAUGAUUAUGACAUGACGAGUCAUGUCGAGGAGGAAGAUGAGCAAGAUGAGGAAGCAGGACCAAGGAAAAAAACUAAACGCAACUUUGAUGACUAUGUUCUUGAAUCUGACGAUUUGGAUGAGGAAGAAAAUAACAUGACAGAUGCCAUUAUCAAGGUGCCCUCCUUUCCCAUUCCACCAACAAAGGUGACAAAGUCCAUCCAGAUGGAGUCUGCUGGAUUUAACAAAAAGUCCACUGACUCUGGACCCUCUAAUUUAGCCAGGUCUCAACAGACAGGUGUUGGGUCCAGGGACAGGUCCACAGGCAACCCUGGACGUUCAAACAUAAACCGAGCCAGCCAGUUGAGGGGUGCUGGGUCCAGUCAUCAGUCCAGCCACAGUGAUGUAUCCCAGCAGAGUGAUGUAUCCCAGCAGAGUGUCGGGUCCCAGCACAGCAAACGGUACCGACACAAGAAGCAGUCCAGGCACAGCGACCAGUCCAGGGACAGCAACCAGAUGGGACAAGACCCUGGACGUUCAAACAUAAACCGAGCCAGCCAGUUGAGGGGUGCUGGGUCCAGUCAUCAGUCCAGCCACAGUGAUAUAUCCCAGCACAGUGAUGUAUCCCAGCAGAGUGUCGGGUCCCAGCACAGCAAACGGUACCGACACAAGAAGCAGUCCAGGCACAGCGACCAGUCCAGGGACAGCAACCAAAUGGGACAAGAGCACAGUAACAGGUCCUCUGCCAUUGAAUCAAGACGUACAGGGCCUCGUAGGGAAACGGACGUAAGAUUUCCAAUGGAUAUGGCAAAGUUUCAGAAAAAAGUUUUGACUAAAUUGGUGGAAAUCCACAUGGAGGUCAGAAGGCUGGGAAGAAGCGAGCCUCCCCUUUCAUCCACCCAUAUACAGCAGCUGGAGACAAUGGAGGACUUUGCGAGAGAGGAGGAACGCCUCAAGGACAAGCAAGCCUUUGAGUCCCUGGUGUUGCAACUUGCAAGAAUUGGAGGGAAAGAUGUAAGGGAUUGUGUCCAUAGAAUUCUUGACAGGCUCUUUACCAACCGGUUGAUGGCCAAAUUCAAUAUGAAGGGGAAAGGAAAGAAGCAGAAACUGCCUCUGGAGAUGACUAAAACCUAUGAAGCAAUUAAUGCUGCAGUGAUGAAAUGGGACAAAGAUGCUACAGAGGCUACAAUAAAACAUCAUGCAGCAGAGCAUCUUAAACAUGCACCAGGGAGGAAGGGAGGUGGAGGACAUACAGGGGUGGAAACUAAUUAAGGACUUUUGGCAUUUGUGUUUAUUUGCCAUUUAAAAGACUUUAUACCCCCUUCCUCUAUGCUGAUUUCAGGUAAAAUAUAUUAGUCUUGGGGGAUUUGUUUGUUUGUUUUUAUAAUUUUUCUGAUAUUUUUUUUUUUACUUGCGUUAAAUUUAACUAUUAGAACUUUGUUUUAUCAGCUUGUUAAUAUUGCUGAAAAACUCAUUAAAGAUGGUUAAAAAGUAAUCUCUUGUCAUUUUUUUCUGUCAUUUUUUUAAUAGAGUAAAUUAAUGUAUUUCCAAUUGUAAAUAAGGCUAAUAAAAUGUCUUUGCUCACUUAUAUGUUUAUAUGUCUAAUACUGAACGCUGAACAGACGUCUAAAAAAGACGUCGUAAAAACUUUAAUUCUGGCUUCUCAGUGGACGUCUACUGAACGUUCACUAUGUAUGUCACUUGGACGUUAAUACUGAACGCUGAACAGACGUCUAAAAAAGACGUCGCAAAAACUUUCAUUCUGGCUUCUCAGUGGACGUCUACUGAACGUUCACUAUGUAUGUCACUUGGACGUUAAUACUGAACGCUGAACAGACGUCUAAAAAAGACGUCGCAAAAACUUUCAUUCUGGCUUCUCAGUGGACGUCUACUGAACGUUCACUAUGUAUGUCACUUGGACGUUAAUACUGAACGCUGAACAGACGUCUAAAAAAGACGUCGCAAAAACUUUCAUUCUGGCUUCUCAGUGGACGUCUACUGAACGUUCACUAUGUAUGUCACUUGGACGUUAAUACUGAACGCUGAACAGACGUCUAAAAAAGACGUCGCAAAAACUUUCAUUCUGGCUUCUCAGUGGACGUCUACUGAACGUUCACUAUGUAUGUCACUUGGACGUUAAUACUGAACGCUGAACAGACGUCUAAAAAAGACGUCGCAAAAACUUUCAUUCUGGCUUCUCAGUGGACGUCUACUGAACGUUCACUAUGUAUGUCACUUGGACGUUAAUACUGAACGCUGAACAGACGUCUAAAAAAGACGUCGCAAAAACUUUCAUUCUGGCUUCUCAGUGGACGUCUACUGAACGUUCACUAUGUAUGUCACUUGGACGUUAAUACUGAACGCUGAACAGACGUCUAAAAAAGACGUCGCAAAAACUUUCAUUCUGGCUUCUCAGUGGACGUCUACUGAACGUUCACUAUGUAUGUCACUUGGACGUUAAUACUGAACGCUGAACAGACGUCUAAAAAAGACGUUGCAAAAACUUUCAUUCUGGCUUCUCAGUGGACGUCUUCUGAACGUAUGACAAAGACGUUAAUCCGACGUCUUUUGGA